CGAGACUACACCGUAAUCCGGGUAUUUGACAUUGAACCAAUCUUAUUUCGGAGCUGGAGUACAUUUAGAAGAAAUGGAAACAAGGCGUUUGGUCCCAAUCUCAAUGUUGAUUGCCGUUGUUAUGGGAACAGAAUAUAAUUGCCCAUCAACCCAGCAAUGCACGUGUACAUCACGGGGAAAGAAAGUUUACGUCGACUGCUCCAACCGUGGUCUCCAAACGUCACCUACUUUUCCUGAUGAUGUCAUUGCCAUAAAUUUUGCCAGGAAUAAAUUUUCGGAGAUGCCCCAGAAUCUUCCUAGGACAUUGAUGUACUUGGACAUGUCCCAUAACAAUUUACAGCACUUAAACCAAUCUUCACUGUCCAGGUAUGGACAACUUAAACACUUCAGCGUUUCACAGAACAAACUAUCCGAAGUUCACAUAGGCACGUUCAAGAGGAAUUCAAAAAUUGAACAUCUUGACGUUUCGAAGAACGAUGUUCUCACCAUUGAUGUCAUAUACAACAUAUCGAUAGACCUGAAAAAUUCAAAGAUCGAAACGCUGAAUUUCGAAAAACUUCAUUGCACUUAUGGAGUGAGUCACAUAGUCACUGUUGACCAUGUCGUUAAUUUGAAACAAACUAAUUUACUUGAACUUAAUUUAGCAUCAAACAGAAUAAAUAGUUUGGAAUUGGGUGUGCUCACGUCUCUACCGAGAUCUUUGCGUAUCCUUAAUUUGUCAGAUAAUGUGUUGAGCUUUGGACUGUAUAUCAUGGAGUUCGCAGUUUUGCACAAUCUGGAGAUAUUGAAUAUCAGCUACCAAUCAUCUUUUCACCAAGUCGGCAUGGAUGGCGAUUUCUUUAAAAAAUGCAACGAUGCACGAAAACCUCCAAUAUUUAGACUGGAUGCGCAUGUCUCAGGAACUAAGCAUAAUAACCAAACAAUUCCAUUAAGCGAAUUAAGUUUAGGAAAGGAUAAUGUUGGAGGGUGGAUUAAAAAUUACACGAUUUAUUUACCUGAAAAUCUGCGUUAUCUUUACUAUCAUGAUAAUCUGUAUAAAAUGUCUUUACCUAAAUUUCCCCUUGGAAAGAAAAACAAAUUAACGCACAUUUUUGGGCAAAGAAACAUUCUAUAUGAGUUGAUUGGCCCAAUCACCGGCGUGGAUCAUGUUCAAUACAUUGAUCUCUCUGGUAAUUUCUGCCGCUACAUUGAAAAGUCUUUCCUGAAAUCUUUCAAGACUCUUAGAAACUUAAAUCUGUCAAACAAUGCACUUGGGCAGGUGUUUGAAAAAGACACCAACGGCGAACUUUUUUCCGAACAAUAUCAGCUGACGUCCCUCGAUCUGUCUUCUAACAGAAUCGUUCGCCUUCCUGCGAAAAUAUUUCAAAAUAAUUACAACAUCAUAUACAUGAAUUUGAGUUAUAAUUCCAUGACUGAGUUUCACGUACAAAUUAAUCACAUGAAAAACUUAUCCUUAGUUGAUUUAUCUUACAACCAGCUGUCUAGUCUCAAAUCAUCCACCAGAGACGCUUUAGAUACGGUAUCUCGUGGCAGAGUAGUGAACGUCAAUUUAAUUGGAAACAACUUGAAAUGUUCAUGUGAAAAUUUAGAUUUUCUGAAAUGGAUGCAAGACUCAGAGACACUAAAAUUUGUGUUCUUUGGAAAUUAUACCUGCGCAUUUGGAAAUUCAUCAAAUUUCCCUAUGAGUGAUAUCGAUAUCCUUUUACAGAGCUUGGAGAAGAAAUGUUCCUCAUAUACACUUGUUAUAGUGGUUAUGACGUCACUAAUCAUUAUUUCAACGACUUUAUUACUAAGUCGCAUUAUAUAUAGAUAUCGAUGGAAGCUCCGUUACAUGUACUAUGUUGCCAGAGAAAAAUAUCAAGGUCGUGUCAACAUCGAUGACGCCAAUUGUCCAGGUUCAUAUCGAUACCACGCGUUUAUUUCAUACGCGGAUCUUGAUAGAACCUUUGUGAUCAGGCUUGCUAAAAUCCUUGAGAAGGAGUAUAAUCUACGAUUGUGUAUUCAUCAUAGAGAUUUUAUUCCCGGGACAGGAAUCGCUGAAAACAUUACAAACGCCAUUCACAACAGCAGACAAACAGUGUGUAUUAUGACGUCACAUUUCCUAACAUCAUACUGGUGCAUGUUUGAACUUAACAUGGCGCGAAUGGAAGCGAUUUAUUCUCGUAACGGUGAAAAUGUUCUGUUUCUAAUAGCAUUACAAAGCAGAGUUAUGAGAGAUCUUCCUCUUCAUUUGAUGGACCUUGUUGAAAGUAAAUCAUAUUUAGAGUACCCGGAAGGAGAGACGGAAGAAGAAACUGCAGCGUUUAGAGCAAAACUUGGAGAGACAUUAAAAUGCGGAGAUGAUGUGUAAUCGUAAAGCUUUUUAACAUCUUACAAAUAUACUUUAUAACAAUAGGGUUGAUAAUCUUUGAAAAGCAUUUCAAAAUACCCAGGCAUUUUCAGUCAUGUGUAUAGUGUACAUAUUGUGAAAAUGUCUCAUAACUCCUAUUAAGAGUAAA